AUGACCUGUCCAUUCCGCCGCGCGUCCUCACAACAUCAAUUCGCCAAUGGCAGCGGUUCCAGUGGCAAAAAGUCUGAAUUCCGCUCUAGGCAGUCCUCAGUACAUCUCCCGGGACCUGAAGAGGAUGAUGGGGACCGGAAUACGUUGACAUUGAAGAAUUUAAGUGAAGCCCUACAACUGCUUACCGCACCUUCAAAUGAAUAUCUUCACGCAGCAGUAUCAGCGUUGACUAAAAACCAAGCAGAGCAUUACGACAAAUACAGCUGUUUACGUAGAUUACCAGACGAAGUGAAGACUUGUAGAAAUUAUGCGUAUUUACAAGAGAUAUAUGAUGCUGUGAGGGCUACAGACAGUGUUAGCACUAAGGAUUUUAUGGCAAAAUUAGGGGAAUAUUUAAUUUUAACGGCUUUCUCACACAACUGUCGACUUGAAAGAGCUUUUAAAUGUUUAGGCACCAAUUUGACUGAAUUUUUGACUACAUUAGACAGCGUUCAUGACGUAUUACAUGAUCAGGACGAUGUUCUCAAAGACGAAGCAAUGGAAUACGAGGCAAACUUCGUUUGUACGACAUCACAAGAUGGGAAAAUUCAGUUACACCUUACAACAGAGAGCGAGCCUGUAGCUUACCUUCUAGUGGGUAGUUUGAAGGCAAUUGCGAAGUUGUUAUACGAUACACAGACGGAUAUAAGACUGACAAGUUAUACCAACGACCCUAGGAGAUUUAAGUACGAAAUAAAUGUAAUAUCACUACAACAUAAAUCCAAAGAGGACAACAACGAACAGGCGGGGACGACACCUAUUGCAACAUCAACGAAAGUUACAGAUUUAAGAAUUGGAGUUGCCAGCUUUUGCAAAGCGUUUCCUUGGCAUUUUGUCACGGACAGAAGAUUGGAGUUGGUGCAACUAGGUGCUGGAUUCAUGCGACUUGUUGGCGCUCAUCUAGCGUCUCAUGGCUCAUCGCUUGGCACGUACUUCCGACUACUGCGUCCACGAGGAGUUAGUCUCGACUUUCGCGAGAUCUUGAAGAGAGUCAACACACCUUUCAUGUUCUGCUUGAAGGUUCCUGGAUCGGCGUCACCGGCUGAGGGUUUGGAGAUCAAAGGCCAGAUGGUGUUCUGCUCAGAGUCUGACUCCCUAUUGUUCGUCGGGUCUCCUUUCCUCGAUGGACUUGAAGGUCUCACUGGGAGAGGGCUAUUCAUAUCUGACAUUCCUCUUCAUGACGCGACAAGAGAUGUCAUCUUGGUCGGUGAACAAGCCAGAGCUCAGGAUGGUCUCCGAAGACGCAUGGACAAACUAAAGAACUCAAUAGAAGAAGCGAGCAAAGCCGUUGACAAAGAGCGGCAGAAGAACGUUAGCUUGCUCCACUUAAUAUUCCCUCCUCACAUCGCCAAGAGGCUGUGGUUAGGUGAGAAGAUCGAAGCGAAAAGCCACGAUGACGUAACGAUGUUAUUCAGUGAUAUCGUUGGGUUCACAUCCAUAUGCGCUACCGCCACGCCAAUGAUGGUCAUCGCUAUGCUUGAAGACCUAUACAGUGUCUUCGAUAUUUUCUGCGAGGAGCUUGAUGUUUACAAGGUGGAGACAAUUGGCGAUGCAUACUGUGUAGCAAGUGGGUUACAUCGCAAAAUUGAUACUCACGCACCGCAAAUUGCAUGGAUGGCCUUGCGCAUGGUCGAAACCUGUGCGCAACAUCUCACACACGAGGGGAAUCCCAUAAAGAUGCGCAUUGGCCUACAUACGGGUACCGUACUCGCCGGUGUCGUCGGUAAAACGAUGCUGAAGUACUGUCUGUUUGGACAUAAUGUUACGCUCGCUAACAAGUUUGAGUCUGGAUCUGAACCAUUGAAGAUCAACGUCAGUCCUACUACAUACGAGUAA